UGUUUGUAUAAAUGGCGGGCGCGCGCCUAGAGACGCGGACAGGAGCGCGAGCGUCAUGGACAUCAGUAAGGCGGCGGCUUUACGGCGGCAGCGCAACAUUAAACAAUCUAUUCAGUUUUUACACAAGGAUUCCGCCGACUUGCUGCCUUUAGAUGGCCUCAAGAAACUCGGGACGUCUAAAGAAGGGCAACCACACAACAUUCUCCAGAGGAGGCUGCUGGAGGCCACCUUAUCACGGAACAGAUUGAACAACCGAAACAUGAGACCACCGCGCAAUCAUAUGGUUCAAAGCCACAGCGUGCACAGCGACACUCAAGAGGCUGAGACCGACCUCAUUCAAGUCAUGUGUCAGUGCUUUGGGCGAGAUAUGAUCGUUACUGUUGACACUGGCUGUACCCAAAAUCUGAUAUCAUCAGUCAGCAUAGAGAAUCUUGGCUUUAAGGAAAUGAUCAUCAGUAACAAAAAUGGGGAUCAUUUAGGACCACUCCAACACAACCUCCAAAUCAUAGGACACAUCAAGCUGAGUUUGGUCAUCGGGCAAACAGAAACAGAUCUUUUAUUUUCUGUUGUGGAAACCAACAGAAUGUUUAUAUCACUUGGCACAAAGACACUCAAGUUUCUGAAGUGUGUUAUUGACACUGAAAAGCAGAUGCUUGUGUUUGGAAAUUCUGUGCGUGAACAAGUCCAUUUUGUUGGAAAACGUGAAAAUGAAGUCUCUAUGGAAUAAGAAGAAUCUACAAAUAUCUACAUUCUUAUCUCAUGAAAAGAUGUAUCUGUAAAGAAAAUUAGUUUAAAGAGCCUGGGGUCAUUACUGGAAUCCAUCAAGCUUGUAGGCUAUCGUUAUCACAUAUCCCUUUUUCCACUUCCUCUGUGCAGAGCUCAUUAUAAGCUGAUUAUCCUAGCAGGGAAUAGCUGAAAUAUAAAUGAAGAGCAAGUGUCAUCUCUACAUCCGGACUUUAAUGAGCCAAUCGUGUGUGUCACUAAUUUGUGAUUGUAGAUUAAGGUUUUAGCGGCAGUAAUUAAAGAACUGUAAUCAUGGAUAUACAAACAAGAAUAUUCGCAUGAGCAUUUAUAGACAUUUGCAUAUAUUGAGAUCUACUAAAGCAGACAUUUUCAAACUUUUCCUUUGUGAGCUGCACUCCCCAGCUUUCUUUUAAGAACUCACUCUUUACCUGUAGCUACAUAAUAUUGAUUGAGAUGAUUGACAUGAUUGAGAACACUACAGAAUUAGAAAUAUCAUUUAAACCAAGCAUAUUUAAGUACAUUUCAAAAGUAAAGUGUAAUAUGCUUUAAAAAAAAGUGUUUUGUAUAAUAAUACUUUACUAGAAAGGUUUGUACUGACAUCUUGUCAUAGAGUAUUUUGUUUGAGUACAUGCUUCAAUUAAAUA